AUGACGGAGACGGAGACCUUCUACUCUGCGGACGUGGCUCGACAGAAAUGGGAACAGGCUGCUCGUGUCAGUGACGAGCUGCGCUUGGCUCGCGAGGCACCAAAGCUGUCUAAAUCACAGAGGCAGCUUCUUCGUCAGCAUUCAGAGGUCAAGUCGAUUGAGCCUGACAUCAUCGCCUAUCUCCUGUCCACAGGCCUGGUCCGUCAUUCUACAACUGCAACCUCUGCACUGAUGGAGCUUGCGCCGAAUGACAAGGUCUACGAGUCCGCAAGCUUAGAUGAACAUGUCCGCGCCUUCCACCUCUUGACAGCAAUUUUGCCCAUGGAGAUGCUGUCUAGCAUCAGCGCGUCACUUUGCACAGAAUACGUCUCUCGUGCCAGCCACAACGCUUUCUCCAUUCGACCGACGGCAGAUGGCGAUCACAGUGGCGAGUUUCUCGGAUAUGGUGUCUGGCCAGAAGCAAGCUUCUUCAACCACUCGUGCAACCCAAAUGUGAGGAAAGUAAGGAAUGGAAGGCAGUGGUCAUUCACUGUGGCGAGGGACGUGGAGCAAGGCGAGGAGUUGUGCAUCACGUAUCUCGGUGGUGAAGAAAAGGAAUUAGAUGUCGUGGAGAGAAGGAAGAGACUACAGACCGAGUGGGGCUUCAUGUGUGGCUGCGAGAGAUGCCAGAAGGAAAGCGCUACGAACGGGGUCAACAGGAAAGCAGAUGACUGA